AUGGAUCACCCUCAAUCGAGAAUGGAUGAUUAUCUCCUCUCUGCGCUCUCCACUCUUGAAAGAAAACAAUCAACACUAGAAACUUGUGUUGACGUGUAUUAUAAAAGAGAUCGGCAUGUGUUUUUGAAUAGUGCGCCUAAAGGUUUGAAAAGAGAAUUCGAUGAAUUGUUCACGCCAGGAGCCAUUGAAUUUAUGGUGAACUUAAUGAUCGACUUCGAAGAAAGAAUUGAGAGAUUGUAUAGCGAAAGAUUACGGAGAAAGAGUGAGCUGAAAAACACACUCAGGGUGCUGAAGUUCCAGGCGGUGGAGGGGAAAGCGGAUUGGAAAGUCUCACCUGUUGGUAAUCGUUUGAAAAACAGGCAUAUAGAUCUGGGUGACGUGAGUCCCAGCAACAUAAUUCACUUGACCUCAGCCCUGCAAGCUGACGUCCAGGGAAUUCAAGUGGACUUUGACGAUGGACACUGUCCGACUUGGUUCAAUCAAAUUUUCGGUCUUCACAAUGUCGUGAAAGCCGUUGAAAAUCGUCUCCCCAAUGUACCCCCAAUCAGCCAAUCACCAAUUCUAGUUCUACGACCCCGAGCGUGGAACAUGAUCGAGGCGAACAUGAGUAUUAACGGGAGACAAGUACCAGGUCCAAUUUUCGAUUUUUCUCUUCUCAUCUACCACACAGGGAGAAUCCUUCAGACUACAGGCUCAGGUCCGGCCUUUUACCUAUCAAAAAUAGAAAGCUCCGAGGAGGCCGGCUUGUGGAAUGAAAUUUUCUCAUGGAGUGAAUUAAAAUUGAGACUUCCUCAUGCCUCUAUAAAGGCGUGUGUUUUAAUUGAAAAUAUUCUGGCUAGUUUCGAGAUGGAGAGAAUUCUUUACGAACUUCGGGAGCACUCAUUGGGGCUCAACUGCGGCAUCUGGGACUACGCAGCUUCGAUUAUUUCAAAAUUCGGAGAUGAUGAGUCGUUUCUACUUCCUGACAGAAAUAAAUACGUUGACAUGAGCAAAAGAUUCUUGAAGAAGUAUAUGGAUUUAGUUGUGAAAAUUUGUCAUCGGAGGGGGGCACAUGCUACUGGUGGAAUGGCAGCGAAAUUAUUGCCACAUCCUGAUGAUGACGAUUUUAGAAAUGUUGUUCGAGGAAUUUGCCAAGAUAAGUUAGAGGAGAUACACAACGGAGUCGAUGGAUUCAUGGUUUACGAUGUCAACUUAGUACAUUAUAUGAAGGAGUUGUGGAGAGAUCAUGGAGGACCCUUUCCAAAUCAGAUUUCAUUCUUGGGAAGCCCUGGGGCUAUCACCGAGGAUGACUUGCUGAGUUUACCGAGGGGUGGAGUGACUAUUAAAGGAUUGGAUCAUAAUCUUCGGGUUUCUAUAUUUUUUAUUUACAAUUGGUUGUGUGGGAGAGGGCAUUUCAUUCUGGGUGGUUCAGUUGAAGAUUCGGCUACAGCAGAAAUCUCUAGAUCUCAGAUUUGGCAGUGGAUUAGACAUCGAGCCCUACUGGAGGAGGGGGGUUUUGUCACGGUCCUGCUGGUGAAGAAUCGGGCAGACCAAAUUUUAAAAGACAUUUUGACUAAUUAUAAAGACGUCCCUGCAGAGGUGGAGAAAUUUCUUAUUGCUCAUGAUGUUCUUUUAGAUUUAGUUAAUAGAAAGGAGUUUCCGGAAUUUGUUACUUCGUUCAUUUAUGAUCAGUGGAUAUUUAAGAAGACUCAGAUGCGCUUAUGA